CAUGUUUUGAUAUUUGGUUCCUGUGUGUCGUAGAUUUAUAGAAAGACACGAGCAACAGUGCAGUUUACCGGGUGCAGAUUGUAGCACUCUUCCCAGGGUACCUGACCUUAGAGGGGAUCAAAGGAUAGCGUUGGGGGAAAUCUACUCUUAGGAUCAAAGAGGCAGACAAGAUAUGUGAGGUGACGAUGUUGAGGAGCAGCCUCCAGGCAGUGAAGGAGUCGGGUCAGCUCCUGAGGUCAGCGGUGAGAGGGGCACCGUGUCUCAAUGUGGAACAAACUCGGUCGACAGUGGUGGUGGAGCGGGUGUAUCCGACGCCACUGGGCAAGGUGGGCCAGAUGCCGCCCCUGAAGAACAAGCACCGUGUGUACAGGCUGCGGGAGAGAGUACACAGCAAGCCUACUCCGCCCAUCAAGUGCAUUCUGCUGGAGGAUAUAAAAGGGGUUGGUGUGAAGGGAAGUGUGAUCAGUGUGGACAGAGGUUUGUUCAGAAACAAGCUGUACCCUACCAAGGCAACAUACGCCUCCCCUGAGAACCUGGCCGAGUUGGGGGACGAGCGAGUGGAUGAGACCAGAGCCACGCCCACAGCAAGACAGACGCUGGAGCAACUGAGUUGGCUUCAUCUUCGUAUACCGAUGAACGGAGAGCGGCCAUGGACGCUCAACAAGACCAAUGUCAAGGUUGCCCUCAGGAAGAUGGGAGUUGAGGUGGAGGAGAGCUGUCUAACAAUGCCGACAGAAACCAUCACAGAGCCACAGGAGAUCUCAAUCAGCAUCACAGUGAACAAGAUGGAAACAGUUCAUGUGAAGGGUACAGUGUUUCACAUUCAUAAAGACACCAGUGAAGAUUUUCCAUCAAUAUUUCCACCGGCUUGGUCCAAGCCCAAGGAGGCAGGAGACAGCUAGCUCUGUCAGAACACAGCAUCAUAACAAAUUAGAUAUGUGACUCUGACUUGAAGAUCUGACAAACCCUUCAGAGAAGGUUCUUUCAGGUUAAAUUCAUAAUCAGGCUCUCAUGAGUCAGGGCUUCAAAAUUCUUCAUACGAACCAGAGAAGAAGCAGAGUAUGUGAUUUUUUGGAUCUCUUGAAAACAAACAUAAACAGGCAGUUUCGAAUGAAAAUGAUUAAAGUGAUCGAAUAUGUUGUUCUGGAGAUUGUAUUGAGGGAUGUUUGUUAAGGUAGAAAUUUCUGAGGGGAAAACAAAUGAAGCUGAAUCAUUUAAGAACUCUGAUGUCUGAUUGGCCCAAAUAUCCUUUAUUUAGAUUAUACAAGCAAAAAUAUCUUAAUGUUCACCCAAGGCCACUUCCUUUGGAGGGUUGGUCAGAUCUUCAAGUAUGAGGUGGCAUGUCGGAGUAAUAAACAUCCACUGUUGUCAACUGAAGCUGAGUGCUGGCAUGUCCUUGUAAUGAACAUCCGCUGUUGUCAACU